AUGGGCCUGCCGCUAGCUCUCCCCGGCAGGUUCAUCAAUCACACCGCGGUGGUUACGGUAGCCAACUUAACUGCUGCAACCUUCGACCGUAGACAGACGUCGCUGCGUUGUCUCGAGGCAGACAGUCGCCGUUUGCGCGCGGCUGCCAGCUGCCAGGUAGAGCCGGUGUCUCGGGCAGUUGAACCCCCACCCCCCUGCCCCUCUUCCCCUCCCAGCAUGGCUGCAGACUCGAUGGAGAUCGACGACUCUCUUUACAGCCGCCAGCGAUAUGUGCUGGGAGACAGUGCCAUGCACCAGAUGGCCCAGUCCUCAGUCUUUCUCAGUGGAAUGGGAGGACUGGGAAUCGAGAUCGCAAAGAAUAUCGUCCUGGCUGGCGUGAAGGCGGUCACCCUUCACGACACGAAGCGCUGUGAAACCUGGGACCUGGGCUCCAACUUCUUUAUCCACAAUGAGGACGUGUCGACCCAGAAGAGGAGGGUCGAGGCUGUGUGCCCCCGGGUCGCAGAGUUGAACCCGUACGUCCACGUCGACGUGUCCUCCGAGGCUCUGGACGACAACAACGAUCUCGGCUUCCUCGGAAAGUAUCAGUGUGUGAUUCUGACAGAAGCCCGAUUGAGCCUACAGAAGAGAGUGAACGACUUCUGCCACUUCCAUCAGCCGCCCAUCAGAUUCAUUGGCUGUGACGCAUACGGCAUCUGCGCGCGGGUCUUUUGUGACUUUGGAGAGGAGUUCGAGGUGUCGGAUCCCACAGGAGAGGAGCCCAAGGAGAUUUUUAUCCAAAGUAUAACUCAGGGCGACCGCGGGGUGGUGACCUGCAUGGACAACCAACCGCACGGCCUUCAGACGGGUCAGAGUGUCGUCUUCAGAGAGGUCAACGGCAUGGUGGAAGUGAACGGCACCGCGCGGCCUAUUGCAGUCCUUUCCCCUCACAGCUUUGAAAUAGGAGACACAUCCCAAUUCCAACCAUAUCAACAUGGAGGUUUCUUUGUUCUGGUGAAAACCCCCAAAACAUACAGAUUUGAGACAUUAGAGAGACAGUUGUGCGAUCCGCACGUCCUCACACCAGACUUCAGUAAACCCGAGGCCCCGCUACAGAUCCACGCUGCCAUGUUGGCUCUGGACGCCUUCCAGGAGCAGCACAGCAGACUCCCCAACACCGGGUGCUCACAGGAUGCUGAGGUUUUACUGAAGCUAAACGAGGAAGUGAACCAAACUCUCAGGAACAAAGCUUCUGUGAACGUCGAGUUGGUGCGCUGUCUGUCGAGAACGGCGAGGGGAACUCUCCCUCCGUUAGCAGCGGCUGUGGGAGGUCUGGCCAGCCAGGAAGUGCUCAAAGCCAUCACGGGCAAGUUCGCCCCACUGCAGCAAUGGUUCUAUCUCGAUGCCGUCGAGGUGGUCCGGCCGCUGCAGUCCGUCGCUGCCGAGGAGUUCUUGCCGAGGGGCGACCGCUACGACGGCUUGCGCGCCUGCAUCGGCGAACCGAUGUGUGUGGCGCUGCAUAAGCUCAGGGUGUUCAUGGUGGGCUGCGGGGCCAUCGGCUGUGAAAUGCUGAAGAACUUCGCCCUGCUCGGGGUGGGAUUAACCAGCAGCUCAGGAGAGGUAUGCAUCACAGACCCCGACCUCAUAGAAAAGUCCAACCUCAAUCGGCAGUUUCUCUUCAGACCACGUCACAUACAGAAACCGAAGAGCACCACGGCAGCAGAAGCCACCCUUGAGAUCAACCCAGACCUGCAGGUGGACGCUCACCUCAACAAGGUGUGUCCCGCCACCGAGAGCGUCUACAACGACGCCUUCUACUCCCGCGUGAACCUGGUGGUCACCGCGCUGGACAGCGUGGAGGCUCGCCGAUACGUGGACAGCCGCUGUUUAUCCAAUCAGAGGCCUCUUCUUGACUCCGGCACCAUGGGAACGAAAGGGCACACGGAAAUCAUCGUGCCAAAUUUGACCGAGUCCUAUAACAGCCAUAGGGACCCCCCGGAGGAGGAGAUCCCAUUCUGCACUCUCAAGUCCUUCCCUUCCGUCAUAGAGCACACCAUUCAGUGGGCCCGAGACAAGUUCGAGAACCUGUUUGCACACAAGCCCUCCAUGUACAACUCGUUCUGGCAGACGCAUCCCUCUGUUGAGGUGGUGCUACAGAGGAUGCAGAUGGGGGAAAGUCUGGAGGGGUCAUUCCAGGUCAUUAAGCUGCUGAGCAAACGGCCCAGCCGGUGGGAUCAGUGCAUCGCGAUCGGCCGUCUGAAAUUUGAAAAAUAUUUUAAGCGAAAGGCCCUACAACUGCUGCACUCUUUCCCCCUAGACACGAGGUUAAAAGAUGGAAGUUUGUUUUGGCAGUCCCCGAAAAGACCCCCAGCACCUAUUGAUUUUGACUUGCGAGACUCCCUGCACUUCAGCUUCAUUGUCAGCACCGCCCGGCUCUUCGCUGGGAUUUACAACAUCCCGUACUCACCAAAGGACGUCACAGAAGAGGAGGUGACCAGGCUUCUCUCCGAUGUCAAGAUUCCCGAGUACAGGCCCUCAGAGAAGUGCAUAGAGACCGACGAGACGGCGAAGAAGCCCGAUUCGGUGAAGCUGCCUCUCAGCAGCGAGGAAGAGAGGGAGGCCAUCGCGCAGCUGGAGCACGCCAUCGCCACCGACAACGUCACAGCAGAGCGGCUGCAGGUGAGCCCGCUGCAGUUUGAGAAGGACGACGACCUCAACGGCCACAUGGACUUUGUCACGGCGGCGUCCGCCCUCCGAGCCAGGAUGUACGCCAUCGAGCCGGCCGACCGGCUCAAGACCAAGCGGAUCGCCGGCAAGAUCAUCCCCGCCAUCGCCACGGCAACGGCCGCCGUGGCUGGACUGGUGGCCCUGGAGUUGGUCAAGGUGGUCGGAGGCUACGAGUUUGAGUUGUUCAAGAACUGCUUCUUUAACCUGGCCAUCCCCGUCGUGGUGCUCACGGAACCUGCGCCCGUUAAACAGUCACUCAUCAGGGACAACAUUUACUUCUCCAUCUGGGACUGUUGGUCCGUCUUUGGCCACGAGGACUUUACCCUCUCUGACUUCAUCAAUGCAGUGAGGGAAAAGUAUGGAAUAGAACCGACUAUGGUCGUCCAUGGUGUCAAAAUGCUCUACGUGCCUGUGAUGCCGGGACACUCGAAGAGACUCAAGCUAACAAUGCAGAAGCUGAUCAAGCCAUCCGGGGACCGCCGCUACGUGGACCUCACCGUGUCGUUCGCCCCGGAGACGGACGGCGACGACGACCUGGCGGGCCCCCCCGUCAGGUACUUCUUCAGCCGCAACGGAGAGACCCCCUGACGGCUCUCCCGGGCCCCCGGCCUCUUGUGUCCUUACUCCUCCCUUCUUUCAUGGAAAUUUGUUGUACCACAAUACCCUGGGCCGAGCUUUCCUUCAGCGCUCUCUACAUGGUCCAAAGCUCCGGGGCCGUAACACCAGCGACGGCCCCCCCCACCCCCCAACCCCACAAUCUCUGCACCUGCUGCAACAAGAAGAGGCCAGUUCAGAGCUUCUCUCGCCCCAGAUUGAGCCAACGAGAGGCUGCUUGAGUAGCACUUACCUGUACUUUUGUACAUAUGUCUCCUGUUCUGUUUUCUACUCCGGUUCCAGACAGAAAGCACAGCUGUGGCUGUGUUAAUGCCUUAAUUGAUUACCAACUUUUGUGUUUGUGACUGACUAAAAACUAUGUUUACUGUUACAUGUCAUCUCACAAAAGCACAACCCUGUUAGUCUUGUUUGUUUAAGUAUGCUGGUCCCAACGAGGGGGGGGGGGAUUUGAUCUGAUCGCCAGCCAGACUGUGGUGCCGAUUUGUCAACAGUUGCUAAAGCUCCAGAGUGACUGACCACUGCAGUUCAUUGCUCUGUUAACGACCGCCCCAUAAACACAUGUUUCUCCUGGGGGGGGGGGGGUUAUUAUGCCAACAUCACAGGGCAGAUGUGCUUUGCACUUAAGUUCAUGGUUUGAAGCAACCACUAAUUGUAGUUGCUACUCCUGUCCAUCACUUUGACUACUUAAUUACAUACAUUAGCAUCAGUUAACACGUUUGGAUAGAUGGAGUAAUGGCUUAACUUCCAUUGACACAUCUGGACCACGCUCCUGUUUUAUUUAAAACACAAGCUGUGUUUAUGGGUGGGUGUGUCCAUGGCACUUAUUUAUUUACGCCUUUUUUUUUUUUUCUUUCUUGUGUCAAACUGAGCCUUUGUGGAGCUCUGUGGAGUCAUGGUAAACAGGUUUAUUGUGAAACAACAAAAUAAAAAAGUGAAUCCUU